AUGAACGAGGUGUUCAUUGAAGAUUCUGGUGAGCUUGAGGAAAAAUGGAUGCCUGAAUCAGAAGAAAUAAUCCAAGAAGAUGAAGUUGUCGACAAAAUCCAGGAAGCAAAUGAUGAGCCGGAACUGGUUAAAGAUAAAUCGCCGAUCACCGAUAUUUUUCUUCGCAGCGGGAAACUUCCUAGUAACGGAAAAGGUGGUGAUAACAGAACUUGGAGUCCCAAAUUUAUCAACUUGUCGCUGGAAAUGCUUAUUAAAGGAGAAACAGCAAGUAGCAUCCACAAUUUCUUUAAAACGACAGCAAAGUAUUAUCCCGAGCUUCUGGGCGAAGAAAAAAGAGUUCCAUCGCCUGACUGGUUUGAGCGACUUCGUGAUUCAUUGAAGUAUUUGAACGAAGAGCACACCAAAGAUGUCAUUCUUAAAGGCAAACGAUUCCACCUCGCAAGUGACGGCGCAGCCAUGUUAGAUGCAUCCAAAACGAUUUCAGUCGGGCUGAUAGACGAGUCUGGCAAGCUUCAUCUCAUCGGAACCGAGCGUUCGAUCGGAGGUACAAGUCAAAUAAUUGCCGACCAAAUGAUUGCGAUCAUAAACAAGACCAGUUUGGGACGAGUCAUCGGCGAGAAGAUUGAUCUCCUUAUGUCUGACCAGCAGUCAGCUCAAAUCAACGCAAACGCAAUCGUUGCAGAAAAACUGACGCGGGAAAUCAACAAGGAAGCACCUCCAUCACUCUUUUGUGCGAUGCACUGCGUUUCGAACUGCGACAAGAACAGCUGUUCUGCGUUAAAAGAGGUCAAUGAAGAAGCAUUUACCUUACUGGAACUUGUGAAGAGUGUCUUCGGAAAACCAGAAAAAUUUGGGUACGUCCAACAGGAUGGUCGCCGAUCGCUUCAGCUGCUUCUUAAAUACGAUUUGGAGAGCACCAGAACAAAGAUUUUCUCUCACGAUCUAGGUAACUUCCUUCGAAUGAUUUUUCUCAAUUAA